AUGGCGGAGGCCCCCGCGCGGGGGCCGUGGGCGCGGCGGCGGGACAUGCGGUCCGAGCCCGGCCCUCCUCGCAAGGUGGGAUCUAAAGAAGAAUUUGUGAAAGUCAGAAAGAAGGACCUGGAACGCCUGACGACUGAAGUAAUGCAAAUCCGGGACUUCUUGCCCAGAAUACUAAAUGGGGAAGUGCUGGAAAGCUUCCAGAAGUUAAAGAUUGUGGAGAAAAACCUGGAAAGGAAAGAACAAGCAUUAGAGCAACUGAGAAUGGACUGCGAGCACUUUAAAGCCCGCCUGGAGACCGUGCAGGCCGACAGCAUGAGAGAGAAGAAGGAGAAACUCGCUCUCCGACAGCAGCUGAAUGAAGCAAAGCAGCAACUCCUGCAACAGGCAGAGUACUGUACAGAGAUGGGGGCGGCAGCCUGCACGCUUUUGUGGGGUGUCUCCAGCAGCGAGGACGUCGUCAAGGCCAUCCUGGGAGGAGAUAAAGCUUUGAAGUUUUUCAACAUCACUGGUCAGACAAUGGAGAGUUUUGUGAAGUCACUGGACGGGGAUGUCAAGGAACUCGAUUCUGAUGAAAAUCAGUUUGUGUUUGCUUUGGCUGGGAUCGUAACAAAUGUUGCUGCCAUAGCAUGUGGUCGAGAAUUCUUGGUUAAUUCAAGUCGGGUGCUGUUGGACACCUUUCUGCAGCUUCUGGGAGACUUGAAGCCAGGACAGUGCACGAAACUCAAAGUGUUACUGCUGAUGUCCCUGUACAACGUGAGCAUCAACCUGAAAGGCCUGAAGUACAUCAGCGAGAGCCCGGGCUUCAUCCCGCUGCUUUGGUGGCUUCUGAGUGACCCCGACGCGGAGGUAUGCCUUCAUGCGCUGCGGCUCGUCCAGUCUGUGGUCCUGGAGCCGGAAGUCUUCUCCAAGUCUGCCUCCGAGUUCCGGAGCUCCCUGCCCCUGCAGCGCAUCCUGGCCAUGGCCAAGAGCCGUAACCCCCACCUGCAGACCGUGGCCCAGGAGCUCCUGGAGGACCUCCGCGCCCUGGAGCGUGACGUGUAG